CCGGGCCGGAGGAUGAGCGGGGCGCCGGCCGAGGUGGAGGAGCCGGUGGCGCGGCGCUACGAGAUCAAGCGGCGGCUGGGCAAAGGGGCCUACGGGAUCGUCUGGAAGGCGACAGAGCGCCGGACUGGGGCCAGCGUGGCGGUCAAGAAGAUCUUCGACGCCUUCCGCAACCGAACCGACGCCCAGAGGACCUUCCGGGAGAUCCUGUUCCUCCAGGAAUUUGGAGGGCAUCCGAACAUCAUUCAGCUCCUGAAUGUCAUCCGGGCUCAAAAUGACAAGGACAUUUAUCUGGUUUUCGAAUCCAUGGAAACAGACUUGCAUGCAGUGAUCAAGAAGGGAAAUUUACUGAAAGACAUUCAUAAGUGCUACAUUCUGUACCAGCUCUUGAAAGCCACCAAAUUUAUCCACUCGGGAAAUGUUAUUCACAGGGACCAGAAGCCUUCCAACAUCUUGCUGGACAGGGAGUGCUUUGUGAAGCUGUGUGAUUUUGGACUGGCUCGUUCCCUGGGCCAAAUUGAAAGAGAUGAAGGCAACCCUGCACUUACUGAGUAUGUUGCUACUCGCUGGUACCGAGCCCCUGAGAUCCUGCUUGCAUCAAAAUGUUACACCAAGGGGGUGGACAUGUGGAGCAUCGGCUGUAUCUUGGGGGAGAUGCUCUUGGGGAAACCUCUGUUCCCAGGAACAUCCACCGUCAACCAAAUAGAGCAGAUCCUGCGUGUUAUUCCUCCCCCCAGCGCAGAAGAUGUGGAGGCCUUCCAUUCUGACUACCAAGCCUCAGUUAUCAACCGUGUGAGCUGCCAGCCCCAGCUGUCUCUGGAGGAGCUCUUGCCUGCCUCCACCCCUGCCCAGGCCCUGGACCUUCUGAAACGGCUGUUGGUGUUUAACCCCGAGAAGCGGCUAACAGCAGAGGAGGCGCUGCAGCACCCCUACGUGCAAAGGUUCCACUGUGCUGCCAAAGAGCCUGCUCUCGACUACAGUGUGACCCUCCCUCUGGCUGAUGACGUGCAGCUCUCAGUGGCCGAGUAUCGCAAUCGGGUUUAUGAGUUGAUCUUGGAAUGGAAGGCCAGUAGCCAAGCUGAGAAGCAGCCCCUCCAGGGAGAUGCUCUUCCAUCUGGUUCCACAGAUGCCACCGGUUCCCCUCUCAGGGCCCACUGUCCGAUGAAGGGUGGGACCCAGCUUCUUCCAUCCCAUGGGUCCCCACCACCUUUUGUGGCAGCUUCCCAGCGGAGAGCAAAUGAGCCAAGAAAUCCUUGCCCAAAGCCAAAGUUCAGCUCCACCGUCUGCAGUCCCACUGUUAAUGCAGCUGCCCAAAAUUUCCUGCCUGCUGGCAACGUGGCAAUGGGUCAGCCUCCCUCCCACCUUCGGCAGUACCGGAGAGCAGCGGGCACCUCCGCUCUUUGGGACAUGAAGAAUUCUGCAUUUAUUCUGAAGCUUUCAACUUUCUCUAACCUAGCAAGAUGAAUCGUGACUCUUUCGCUCCUGUAAUAAUAAUUACUUCACCUGUUUCUUUGUCCUCUGAACCAGUGGUGGGUUGCCAAUUUUUUUACUACCGGUUCGGGCACACCUGCGCUUGCGUGCAAGGCUUCUGCGCAGAAGCGUCCAGGCAGGUGGGUGGAGCCUCCCGCCCCCACUACUACUGGUUCGCUCGAUCCGGAUCGAACUGGGAGCAACCUACCUCCUCUCUGAACAACAUGACAAGCAAUGGCUGUAAGUUCAACAGCAACAUGCUUCAGUAGCCACAGCUGAGCAAGAUUUCUUUCAGGCUCACUUGUGGGAUUUGCUCAUAAAUCAAAGGUUUAGGAAAGCCCCUUUCUGAGAAAAAAGGUUACUCCGAAACAAGGUAAUCCUUUAAUAAUAAUAAUAAUAAUACCUCAAACGUCAUCACAUAAAUCAAUGCUGAAAGUACUGUACCUCUCCACCAGUUGGUUUGAUCCCAAGAUAAGUAAAGGAAAUGUGAUAAGGAAUCAGCUCCUUUCAUUUUUCCAGACAUGUGCUGAAUAACAAGAUCAUAAUGUUGCACUCUCCAACUGAGAUGGCAAAAUGUGCCUUUAGCUGAAUGAAGCAUGAACAUGUUUGUGAUUUGUGAUCUUUGAACAACACAAAUGAAUUAGAAUGAAUUUAGAAUUUCCCAUAAUUUCAGGUUUUUCCAGAGAAGAAUGUGAAUGAUUGGCAUUCACAACAAGCAACAUUGAUCUACCUGAGUCUGUGGUACCCGGUCCCACAGGACUGGCAUCAGUCACCAAAAAGUUGGGACAUAAGUCAGGCAGGGUUCCUUAGUUAACACAGCCUUUGGUUGCUGAAAUGCAGAGUCAGUUCCUGC